UGGCCAUUUUACAUGGAAAUUACAAAAAAAUGACUUACAGAAAAAUGACAUCCUUUUUUCUAAACCCAAAGUACUAAUUUAGCAAGAAAUGCUCUCUUCACUGAGAAAAUUAUCAAUACUAUCAUCAAUUUCAUCAUUUAAAUCACCGAAUUCACUUCGUAAAUUCAUUAUUACAAUGGAUUCAUCAACAACAUCAUCAUCAAAAACAUCCCAUAGAUUAUUUGCUUUAUCUCAACAAUUACGUCUAUACAAACCCCCACCAACACCAUUUGAUGAAGACUCGGACUUCGAGGAGCAGAAAUUGGAAGAGAGUGUAGGGAAGGUAGUUUCACAAGUGGGUUUUCAAGAAUCUGUAACCCCAGUUGGUGUUGUGCAGCAGACAGAGAGAUUUAGACCCAAAAGAGCUGCUGUUUUGAUCUGUUUAUUUGAAGGGGAUGAUGGGGAAUUAAGGGUUGUUCUUACUAAGAGGUCUUCCAAGUUAUCUACUCACUCUGGUGAAGUCGCAUUGCCUGGAGGAAAAGCAGAAGAAGGAGAUGCAAGCGAUGCUGACACUGCAACCAGGGAAGCAAAGGAGGAGAUAGGACUAGAUCCUUCAUUGGUUAAUGUUGUGACUUGCCUCGAGCCAUUCCUGUCUAAGCAUCUUCUUAGAGUAAUUCCUGUGAUUGGAAUUCUUUCCAAUAAAAGUGAAUUCAUUCCCACUCCUAAUGUUUCUGAAGUAGAAGCAGUUUUCUAUGUCCCAUUGGAGAUGUUUCUCAAGGACGAAAAUAGGAGAUCAGAAGAGAGAGAAUGGAUGGGUGAAAAGUAUUUGAUUCAUUUGUUCGACUACGAGAUGGAUAAUAAGAAAUACUUGAUAUGGGGUCUAACUGCUGGGAUUUUGAUUAGAGCAGCAUCAGUUGUAUACCAGAGACCACCUGCAUUCUUGGAACAAAAUCCUAAAUUCAAGCUCCCUAAGGUAGUAGACAAGAAUACUACAAUGAGUUAAAAUUAAAUUGAUCAUUGUUUCUUGUAUAAUUUAGCUUGUGACAUAAAUUGGAUUCAUUGGAGAAUUCUGUAUUCUUUUAACUAUAUGAUGUAGUCACAUAAUUUAGAGCCUGAAUAACAAAUUUUACAUCA